AUGUCCGGUGAAUAUGAUUAUCAAAUGUGGAUUUACCAAUGUCAAAAAAUUAAUCGAGAAGCACAAAUAAAGAGGCUUCGACGUAAUAGGAUGAAAAGAUUUUGGGCUCAUCUGCUGCAUAAAUUACAACGAGAACAUGGAUUUUUUAAAACUGUAUUCCCGACACUUUGUUCAUAUUCUGAAAAAUUCGAAAACUACAUUCGUAUAUGUCUGUCUCUCAUUGGUCCACAGAUAACUAAGAAAAAUGACGUGAGAGAACCAAUUUCAGCUACCGCUCGACUUGUUAUGACUUUACGAUACUUGGCAACAGGUGACUGCAUAACAUCUAUUUCACAUCAAUAUCUUGUUGGCGUAACAACAACUGCAAAUAUUAUUGCUGAAACUUGUCAAAGCCCCGACAAUUCUGGCUCAUUAUUUCAUAAUGACAAAAACCUUCACGUGUUGUACUGA